AGGCACCAAGCAUUGUUAUCGAUCCUACUUUGAAGGAAGGUUUAACAGUAAAAGCAGGAGACACCAUUACAGUGUCUGCUAUUAGUAUCCGUGGCAAACCACCUCCAACUUCAGCAUGGUCAAAAGCUGGAAAAGAUUUUAGACCUUCAGAACUUGUGCACAUUGAGACCACACCAACUUCUUCUACUCUAACAGUCAAAUAUGCAUCCAGAAAAGAUUCUGGAGAAUACACGAUCACUGCAACCAAUCCUUUUGGCACUAAGCAAGAGAGUGUACAUGUGAAAGUUUUAGAUGUUCCAGGACCUCCAGGGCCCAUUGAGAUCAGCAAUGUUUCAGCAGAAAAAGCAACCCUUACAUGGUUACCUCCUGCAGAAGAUGGUGGAUCACCAGUCAAAUCAUAUGUUCUUGAAAAGAGGGAAACUAGCCGACUGCUCUGGACAUUGGUUGCUGAAAAUAUUGAAAGCUGUAGGCAUGUUGUUAGCAAGCUCAUUCAAGGAAAUGAAUAUGUUUUCCGUGUCUCAGCAGUAAAUCAGUAUGGCAAGGGUGAACCAGUACAAUCAGAACCAGUUAAAAUGGUGGAUAGAUUUGGUCCCCCAGGCCCUCCUGGAAAACCAGAAGUAACAAAUGUGACUAAAAAUACUGUCACAGUUACCUGGAAAAGGCCAACAGAUGAUGGUGGAAGUGAAAUUACAGGUUACUAUGUGGAGCGAAGAGAAAAGAAAGGUUUAAGAUGGGUCAGAGCAACAAAGAAACCAGUUUCAGAUCUUAGAUGCAAAGUAACUGGUCUCCUGGAAGGAAAUGAAUAUGAAUUCCGUGUCAGUGCAGAAAACAGAGCAGGAGUUGGACCACCAAGUGAUGUUUCAAACUCAGUCUUAUGCAAGGAUGUUGCAUACCCACCAGGUCCACCUGCAAAUCCAAGAGUGACUGAUACUACAAAGACAAGCGCAUCUUUAGCUUGGAGCAAGCCUCACUACGAUGGUGGUCUUGACAUCAUUGGAUACAUAGUAGAGCAUCAAAAGGAAGGAGAAGAAGAAUGGGUAAAAGACACAACAGGGACUGCUUUAAGAAUCACUCAGUUUGUUGUUGCUCAUCUGCAGACAGGAGCCAAAUACAAUUUCAGAAUCUCUGCCAUGAAUGCUGCAGGUGUCGGUGAACCAGCAAUAAUUCCAAGUGUGGAAAUCAAAGAUCGGGAAGAGAUUCCUGACUUUGAACUAGAUGCUGACCUAAGAAGAACACUUGUUGUUAGAGCUGGAUUAACUAUUCGGAUUUUUGUGCCAAUUAAAGGACGUCCAACUCCAGAAGUUACAUGGUCAAAAGAUGGUGUUUCACUCAAAGGACGUGCCAGUAUUGAAAACACAGACUCUUUUACACUCUUGAUUGUCACAGAGUGCACCAGAUACGAUGCAGGAAAAUAUGUAAUGACUCUUGAAAAUGCUGCUGGUAAGAAGACUGGAUUUGUAAAUGUAAAAGUCUUGGAUACACCAGGUCCACCAAUAAACCUUAAGCCUAGAGAAAUAACCAAAGACAGCAUCACCCUCCAAUGGGAUAUGCCUCUGAUAGAUGGUGGUUCACGUAUAACAAACUACAUUGUUGAAAAACGUGAAUCGACUCGAAAAGCAUAUUCAACAGUCACAACCAACUGCCAGAAGUGUUCCUUCAGGAUUCCUAAUUUGGCUGAGGGGUGUGAAUACUACUUCAGGGUGCUGGCUGAAAAUGAGUAUGGCAUUGGUGAACCAGCUGAAACUGCAGAACCAGUAAGAGCUUCUGAGGCACCAUCCCCACCUGAGAGCCUUAAUAUUAUGGAUGUAACACGCAACUCAGUUAGCCUGGCUUGGCCAAAGCCAGAACAUGAUGGUGGCAGCAAGAUCACUGGGUAUGUGAUUGAAGCACAGAGAAAAGGAACCAACCAGUGGGCACACAUCACCACUGUAAAAACACUGGACUGUGUAGUUAAGAAUCUAACUGAAAAUGAAGAGUACACUUUCCAGGUUAUGGCAGUUAACAGUGCUGGAAGAAGUGCCCCAAGAGAGAGCAGGCCAGUUAUUAUCAAGGAACAAACGAUGUUACCAGAGUUUGACCUCCGUGGUAUCUACCAAAAAACAGUCAUUGCCAAAGCUGGUGACAAUAUCAAGAUUGAAAUCCCUGUACUUGGUCGUCCAAGGCCUACUGUCACUUGGAAGAAAGAAGACCAGAUACUUAAGCAAACACAAAGGGUAAAUUAUGAAAAUACUGCAACUGCAACCAUACUAACCAUCAGUGAAUGUAAACGAAGUGAUAGUGGUCAAUACCCACUGUCAGCUAAAAAUAUUGUUGGAGAAGUUAGUGAAGUAAUCACAGUUCAUGUUCAUGAUAUACCUGGACCUCCUACCGGACCAAUCAAAUUUGAUGAAAUUUCAUCUGACUUUCUGUCAUUCUCAUGGGAACCUCCUUUGAAUGAUGGUGGUGUACCAAUAAGUAACUACAUUGUAGAAAUGCGUCAAACUGACAGUACCACAUGGACUGAAUUGGCAACCACAGUGAUACGUACCACAUUUAAAGCCAGUCGUCUCACUACUGGAGUUGAGUAUCAAUUCCGUGUUAAAGCUCAAAACAGAUAUGGAAUUGGUCCAGCCAUUACAUCAGAGUCUAUAGUUGCCAACUACCCAUUUAAGGUACCUGGACCUCCUGGCACUCCUCAGGUGAUUGCAGUCACCAAGGAAACCAUGACCAUUAGCUGGAAUGAGCCAGUUACUGAUGGUGGAAGCCCAAUUCUGGGAUAUCAUAUUGAAAGAAAAGAACGAAAUAGCAUUCUUUGGCAGACUGUAAGUAAAAUGUUGGUAUCGGGCAAUAUUUUUAAAUCGACUGGACUUACCGAUGGCAUUGCAUAUGAAUUCCGUGUUAUAGCAGAAAAUCUGGCUGGGAAGAGUAAGCCAAGCAAGCCAUCUGAGCCUGUGUUUGCCCUAGACCCAAUAGAUCCACCUGGCAAGCCUAUACCUCUGAACAUUACAAGACAUGCAGUUACACUGAAAUGGACUAAACCAGAAUAUAAUGGAGGCUUUAAGAUAACUGGCUACACCGUUGAAAAAAGAGACCUUCCUAAUGGCCGUUGGCUGAAGGCUAAUUUCAGCAAUAUACUAGAGACUGAGUUCACUGUAAGUGGCUUGACAGAAGACGCUGCCUAUGAAUUCCGUGUGAUUGCUAGGAAUGCUGGUGGGGCUGUUAGUCAGCCCUCUGAGCCAUCAGAUGCAAUAACUUGUAGAGAUGACAUUGAAGCACCAAAGAUAAGAGUGGAUGCUAAAUACAAAGACACCUUAGUGCUGAAAGCAGGUGAAGUUUUCAGACUUGAGGCUGAUGUUUCUGGUCGCCCUCCACCAACUAUGACAUGGACAAAAGGAGAAAAAGAACUUGAAGACACAGCAAAAUUAGAAAUAAAAAUAGCAGAUUUCUCUACUGUUCUUAUCAAUAAGGAUUCUUCAAGAAGAGAUGGCGGUGCCUAUACACUUACUGCAACAAAUCCUGGUGGCUUUGCCAAGCACAUCUUCAAUGUUAAAGUUCUUGAUAGACCUGGUCCCCCAGAAGGGCCUUUGGCUGUGUCUGAAGUCACUGCAGAAAAAUGUGUGCUGUCAUGGCUACCUCCACUGGAUGAUGGAGGAGCAAAGAUUGACCAUUAUGUGGUGGAAAAACGUGAAACCAGUAGACUGGCAUGGACAGCUGUAGCCACAGAAGUUCCAUUAACUAAACUGAAGGUUACUAAGCUGUUGAAGGGUAAUGAGUACGUGUUCCGUGUCAUGGCUGUUAACAAAUAUGGAGUUGGUGAGCCUCUGGAAUCAGAGCCUGUUCUUGCAGUAAAUCCGUAUGUGCCACCUGAUCCACCUAAAACACCUGAAGUUACAGCAAUUACAAAAGAUUCUAUGGUUGUCUGUUGGGGCCAUCCUGAUUCUGAUGGUGGGAGCCCAAUAACUAACUAUAUUGUGGAACGUCGAGACAGGGCUGGUCUACGGUGGGUGAAAUGUAACAAACGGGUUGUUACCGACUUACGUUAUAAAGUGUCUGGACUGACAGAAGGCCACGAAUAUGAAUACAGGGUCAUGGCUGAAAAUGCUGCUGGAGUCAGUGAACCAAGCCCAACCAGUCCAUUCUAUAAAGCUUGUGACACUGUAUUUAAGCCUGGUCCCCCAGGUAAUCCUCGUGUUUUGGAUAGCAGCAAGUCCUCAAUUACAAUAGCAUGGAACAAACCAAUAUAUGAUGGUGGUUCAGAGAUCACAGGUUACAUGGUUGAGAUUGCACUACCCGAAGAAGACGAGUGGAAGAUUGUAACUCCACCAGUAGGUCUAAAGGCCACUUCUUUUACCAUCACUGACCUGAAAGAAAAUCAAGAGUAUAAAAUACGGAUAUAUGCAAUGAACUCUGAGGGUCUUGGAGAACCUGCUCUUGUUCCUGGGACUCCAAAAGCUGAAGAAAGGAUGCUACCUCCAGAGAUUGAACUUGAUGCAGAACUACGUAAAGUUGUCACUAUUAGAGCCUGCUGUACUCUAAGGCUCUUUGUUCCAAUUAAAGGAAGACCAGUACCUGAAGUAAAAUGGACAAGAGAACAUGGAGAAUCUUUGGACAGAGCGAGCAUUGAAUCAACAAGCUCUUAUACUCUACUUAUUGUUGAAAACGUAAACAGAUUUGAUAGUGGCAAAUACAUGCUGACAGUCGAAAACAGCUCAGGUAGUAAGUCAGCAUUUGUGAAUGUCAGAGUUCUUGAUACCCCAGGGGCACCUCAAGAUUUGAAGGUAAAAGAAGUUACAAAAUCAUCAGUUACACUCACAUGGGAGCCUCCUCUCAUAGAUGGUGGCUCUAAGAUAAACAAUUACAUUGUUGAAAAGCGUGAAUCAACAAGAAAAGCAUAUUCAACAGUUAAUGCCAAUUGCCACAAAACCAGCUGGAAAGUUGAUUCAUUGCAAGAAGGUUGCAACUACUACUUCAGAGUCCUAGCUGAAAAUGAGUAUGGAAUAGGCCUUCCAGUUGAAACUUCAGAAUCUGUAAAAGUAUCAGAAAGACCACUUCCACCAGGGAAAAUAACUUUGCUGGAUGUGACAAGAAACAGUGUAACCUUAUCUUGGGAAAAACCGGAACAUGAUGGUGGUAGCAGAAUUCUGGGCUAUAUUGUGGAAAUGCAAAGCAAAGGCAGUGAAAAGUGGUCAACCUGUGCUACAGUCAAAGUUACUGAAGCCACUAUUACAGGACUGAUCCAAGGUGAAGAAUACACCUUCCGUGUUUCUGCUCAGAAUGAGAAAGGUAUCAGUGAUCCCCGCCAGCUUGGUAUACCAGUCAUUGCAAAAGAUCUUGUGAUUCCACCAGCUUUCAAACUACUGUUUACCACUUUCAGUGUUCUAGCAGGAGAGGACUUAAAGGUUGAUGUUCCUUUUGUUGGUCGACCCAAACCAGCAGUGCUUUGGCAUAAAGAUAAUGUGGCACUGAAGCAGACUACAAGAGUAAAUGCAGAAAGUUCAGAAAAUAACACUGUGUUAACAAUAAAAGAAGCAUGCAAAGAAGAUGUGGGGGCAUAUUUAGUUAAACUUACAAACUCUGCAGGUGAAGCAACUGAGACCCUAAAUAUUGUUGUCCUUGACAAACCAGGACCUCCAACUGGACCAGUAAAAGUAGAUGAAGUAACAGCAGAUAGUAUUACCAUUUCCUGGGAACCACCCAAGUAUGAUGGUGGUAGCUCUAUCAAUAAUUACAUUGUAGAAAAAAGAGACACUUCCACCACCACUUGGCAGAUUGUGUCAGCUACCGUUGCGAGAACAACUAUAAAAGCAUGUCGAUUAAAGACUGGCUGUGAAUAUCAGUUCAGAAUUGCAGCUGAGAACAGAUAUGGGAAGAGUACCUAUCUCACUUCAGAGCCAAUCAUAGCCCAAUACCCAUUUAAAGUUCCCGGUCCACCUGGAACACCUUUUGUAACAAAUACCUCAAAAGACAGCAUGGUGGUACAAUGGAAUGAACCAGUCAAUGACGGUGGUAGCAAGAUCAUUGGGUAUCACUUGGAGGGCAAAGAAAGAAACAGCAUUCUGUGGGCUAAACUGAAUAAAACACCUAUUCCAGAUACCAAAUUUAAGACAACUGGCCUUGAAGAAGGUCUUGAAUAUGAGUUCAGAGUUUAUGCAGAAAACAUAGUGGGCAUUGGAAAGGCAAGUAGAGCAUCUGAAUGCUAUACUGCACGUGACCCAUGUGACCCUCCAGGUCGUCCAGAACCUAUAAUUGUCACAAGAAGCUCAGUGACACUUCAGUGGAAGAAACCUGCAUAUGAUGGUGGAAGUAAGAUCACAGGCUAUGUCGUUGAAAAGAAGGAGCUACCUGAUGGUCGUUGGAUGAAAGCAAGCUUUACAAAUGUCAUUGAUACCCAAUUUGAAGUAACUGGUCUAGUUGAAAACCAGAGGUAUGAGUUCCGUGUCAUAGCACGAAAUGCUGCAGGUGUUUUCAGUGAACCAUCUGAGAGCUCAGGGGCAAUUACAGCAAGAGAUGAAGUAGAACCACCUCAUAUAAGUAUGGAUCCAAAAUACAAAGACACUAUUGUAGUGCAUGCUGGUGAGACAUUCAAGCUUGAGGCUGACGUUCAUGGUAAACCAAUACCUUCCAUUCAGUGGCUAAAAGGUGAUCGUGAGCUGACAAACACCGCUCGUAUGGAAAUAAAAAGUACCGAUUUAGCAACCUGCCUUACUGUGAAGGAAGCCAUUAGAGUUGACAGUGGUCAGUAUGUGCUACUGGCAAGGAAUGUUGCAGGUGAAAAGAAAGUUCCUGUUAACGUCAAAGUUCUUGAUAGACCUGGACCACCAGAAGGACCUGUUGAGAUUACAGGCGUUACUGCUGAAAAAUGCAUGCUGUCAUGGAAACCUCCACUACAAGAUGGUGGUAGUGAUAUUUCACACUACGUUGUAGAAAAAAGGGAAACCAGUCGCUUGGUGUGGACAGUCGUUGAUUCAAAUGUGCAAACCCUAAAUUGCAAGGUUACAAAACUUUUAGAAGGAAAUGAAUAUGUUUUCCGCAUCAUGGCAGUAAAUAAAUAUGGUGUUGGUGAACCUCUUGAGUCGGAACCAGUACUCGCAAAGAACCCAUUUGUAGUGCCGCUUCCACCAAAGGCACCAGAAGUCACAGCCAUUACCAAGGAUUCUAUGAUAGUUGUAUGGGAAAGGCCAGCCUCCGAUGGUGGUAGUGAAAUUCUAGGCUACGUCCUAGAAAAACGAGAUAAGGAAGGUAUUCGCUGGACAAGAUGUAACAAACGCCUGAUAAGCGAACUGAGAUACAGAGUGACAGGGCUUAUAGAAAACCAUGAUUACGAAUACAGAGUUUCAGCUGAAAAUGCUGCUGGUCUUAGUGAACCAAGCCCACCUUCCACUUACUACAAAGCGUGUGAUCCUAUUUACAAGCCAGGUCCACCCAACAAUCCUAAAGUUGUGGAUGUUACAAGAUCAUCAGUUUUCCUUUCAUGGGGUAAACCGAUCUACGAUGGUGGCUCUGAAAUUCAGGGAUACAUUGUGGAAAAAUGUGAUGUAAGUGAUGGUGAAUGGGCAAUUUGUACCCCUCCAACUGGAAUUAAGAAUACUCACAUGGAAGUGGAAAAACUAGUGGAAAAACAUGAAUACAAAUUCCGCAUAUGUGCAGUUAAUAAAGCAGGAGUUGGAGAGCAUGCAGAUGUUCCUGGUUCUGUUAUUGUAGAAGAAAAGAUGGAAGCACCAGACCUUGACCUUGACAUGGAACUAAGGAAGAUUGUAAAUGUGAGGGCAGGAGGUUCCUUAAGAUUGUUUGUUCCCAUCAGAGGUCGUCCAACACCUGAAGUAAAAUGGGGUAAAAUGGAUGGUGAGAUCAGAGAGGCAGCUAUUAUUGAUACCACUAGCAGUUUUACUUCCCUUGUUCUAGACAAUGUUAACAGAUUUGAUACUGGAAAGUAUACUCUGACUUUGGAAAACAGCAGUGGAACAAAGUCUGCCUUUGUCAGUGUGAGAGUACUGGAUACCCCAAGUGCACCUGUUAAUUUGAAAAUCAGAGAGAUCACUAAAGACUCCGUUUCACUUUCAUGGGAGCCUCCUCUCUUGGACGGUGGAGCAAAAAUAAAGAAUUACAUCGUUGAAAAGCGUGAAGCAACAAGAAAGGCAUAUGCAGCUGUUGUAACAAACUGCCACAAGACUUCAUGGAAAGUAGAUCAACUUCAGGAGGGCUGCUAUUACUUCUUUAGAAUCUCUGCUGAGAAUGAAUAUGGAAUUGGCCUCCCUGCGGAAACUAGCGACCCAAUUAAAGUUGCUGAAGUUCCGCAGCCUCCUGGGAAAAUAACAGUGGAUGAUGUCACAAGAAACAGCGUCUCUCUAAGCUGGGCAAAACCUGAACAUGAUGGUGGUAGCAAAAUUUUACAAUACAUUGUUGAAAUGCAAGCAAAGGGUAGUGAGAAGUGGUCAGAGUGUGCUCGUGUAAAAACACUUGAAGCAGUUAUUACUAGCCUAACUCAAGGGGAAGAAUAUCUUUUUAGAGUAAUGGCUGUAAAUGAAAAGGGUAAGAGUGAUCCCAGAGCACUUGCAGUUCCAAUAGUUGCCAAAGACCUGGUGAUUGAACCUGAUGUGAGACCUGCUUUUCACAGUUACAGUAUCCAAGUGGGACAAGAUCUGAAAGUAGAAGUACCAAUUGCAGGUCGACCUAAACCAACUGUUACCUGGGUAAAAGAUGGACAGCCAUUAAGGCAGACGACAAGAGUCAAUGUUAGCGAUUUGACUGAUCUCACUAUAUUGAAUAUUAAAGAAACUAGCAAAGAGGACAGUGGCACUUAUGAAAUCACUGUGGCUAAUGUUGUUGGGCAAAAGUCCGCCUCUGUUGAAAUUAUAACUCUGGACAAACCUGACCCUCCGGCAGGACCUGUGAAGUUUGAUGAAAUAAGCGCAGAAAGUAUCACCCUAUCAUGGAAUCCCCCAGCAUACACAGGUGGCUGCCAAAUCACCAACUACGUUGUUCACAAGAGGGACACAACAACCACGAUAUGGGAAACAGUUUCAGCUACUGUUGCAAGAACUACACUGAAGGUGACUAAAUUGAAAACUGGUUCAGAAUACCAGUUCAGAAUAUUUGCUGAGAACAGGUACGGGCAGAGCUUUGCAUUGGAAUCUGCACCAGUUGUAGCACAGUACCCCUACAAGGAACCAGGACCUCCUGGCACACCAUUUGUGACAACAAUUACAAAAGACUCCAUGGUUGUACAGUGGCAUGAACCAAUAAAUGAUGGUGGCAGUAGAGUGUUAGGCUACCAUCUUGAGAGAAAGGAGAAAAACAGCAUUUUAUGGGCUAAAGUAAACAAAACGAUUAUUCAGGACACAAGUUUUAAGACAACUAACCUUGAAGAAGGAAUUGAGUAUGAGUUUCGUGUUUCUGCAGAAAACAUUGUUGGUGUGGGCAAAACAAGUAAAGUUUCUGAGUGCUACGUAGCUCGUGACCCAUGUGAUCCUCCAGGUUGUCCAGAAGCUAUAAUAAUAAAAAGAAGCUCUAUUACCCUACAGUGGACCAAACCAGAAUAUGAUGGUGGAAGUAAGAUUACUGGUUAUAUUGUAGAGAAACGUGACUUACCAGAUGGUCGCUGGAUGAAAGCUAGCUUCACAAAUAUCAUUGAAACUCAGUUCACUGUAACAGGACUUACUGAAGACCAAAGAUACGAAUUUAGAGUCAUUGCAAAGAACGCUGCAGGUGCAAUAAGCAAACCUUCUGACAGUACAGGACCAAUAACAGCAAGGGAUGAAGUUGAACUUCCACGAAUUUCAAUGGAUCCAAAGUACAAAGACACAAUCGUUGUAAAUGCUGGUGAAACAUUCAGACUUGAGGCUGAUGUUCACGGGAAGCCACUACCAACCAUUAAGUGGUACAAAGGAGAUAAAGAGCUUGAGGAAACUGCUAGAUGUGAAAUAAAGAACACAGAUUUCAGUGCAUUAAUAAUUGUAAAAGAUGCUAUUAGAGUUGAUGGUGGACAGUACAUUUUAGAAGCCUCUAAUGUUGCAGGAACAAAGACAGUACCAGUAAACAUUAAAGUCUUGGACAGACCAGGACCUCCAGAGGGCCCAGUCCAAGUGACAGGAGUUACAGCUGAAAAAUGUUCAUUGGCAUGGGCUCCUCCUCUUCAUGAUGGUGGCAGUGAUAUUUCUCAUUACAUUGUAGAGAAGAGAGAAACUAGUCGCCUAGCGUGGACUGUUGUUGCUUCAGAGGUUUUACCUACAAUGCUGAAAGUAACAAAACUCCUGGAAGGAAAUGAAUAUGUUUUCCGUAUUAUGGCAGUUAACAAAUACGGGGUUGGUGAGCCAUUGGAAUCUGUGCCGGUAAUGAUGAAAAAUCCAUUUGUGGUUCCUGGACCACCAAAGGCUUUGGAAAUUACCAACAUUACUAAGGAUUCUAUGACUGUCUGCUGGAGCAGGCCAGAUAGUGAUGGAGGUAGUGAAAUCAUAGGUUACAUUGUAGAAAAGAGAGACCGAGCGGGUAUCAGAUGGCUAAAAUGCAAUAAACGGCGAAUUACAGAUUUGCGAUUAAGAGUUACAGGAUUAACAGAGGAUCAUGAAUAUGAAUUCAGAGUUUCUGCUGAAAAUGCUGCUGGAGUGGGUGAACCAAGCCAAGUUUCUCCUUACUUUAAAGCUUGUGACCCCAUGUUCAAGCCUGGCCCACCUACAAAUGCUCAUGUGGUGGAUACCACUAAAAGUUCAGUUACAGUUGGCUGGAGUAAACCUAUUUAUGAUGGUGGUUGUGAAAUCCAGGGAUACCUUGUAGAAAUCUGUAAAGCAGAUGAAGAUGAAUGGUCACUUGUCACUCCACAGACAGGUAUACGUGCCACUCGAUUUGAAAUCAAAAAGCUUACUGAACAUCAAGAAUAUAAGCUACGAGUAUGUGCCCUCAACAAGGUUGGUGUAGGAGAAGCUGCAUCAGUCCCUGGUACUAUUAAACCAGAAGACAAACUUGAAGCUCCAGAACUUGAUAUUGAUUCAGAGCUAAGGAAAGGGAUAGUUGUUAGAGCUGGCGGGUCUGCUAGAAUACACAUACCAUUCAGGGGACGACCAACACCUGACAUCACGUGGUCUCGAGAAGAAGGUGAAUUCACAGAAAAAGUUCAGAUUGAUAAAGGCAUAAACUACACACAACUUUCAAUUGACAACUGUGAUAGAAAUGAUGCUGGAAAGUACAUUCUUAAGUUGGAGAACAGCAGUGGUUCUAAAUCUGCAUUUGUUACAGUAAAAGUCUUGGACACACCAGGACCACCACAAAACUUAGUGGUAAAGGAUAUAAAGAAGGAUUCUGCUGUGUUAUCUUGGGAACCACCCAUUAUUGAUGGUGGUGCAAAGGUAAAGAACUAUGUAAUAGACAAGCGUGAGUCAACCAGGAAGGCAUUUGCAAAUGUAAGUGCUAAGUGUGGCAAGACGAGUUUUAAAGUUGAAAAUCUUACAGAAGGCGCAAUUUAUUACUUCAGAGUUAUGGCUGAAAAUGAAUUUGGAAUUGGUGUCCCAGCUGAAACCACAGAUGCUGUCAAAGCCUCAGAGCCACCUCUGCCUCCUGGGAAAGUGACACUCACCGAUGUGACUCAGAGAAGUGCAUCAUUUACAUGGGAAAAACCUGAACAUGAUGGAGGCAGCCGAAUUUUGGGAUACAUUGUUGAAAUGCUGCCUAAAGGAACUGAAAAAUGGAGUGUUGUUAGUGAGACCAAAACAUGCAGUGCAGUUGUGUCUGGUUUGAGUCCAGGACAGGAAUAUCAAUUUCAUGUGAUUGCCUACAAUGAAAAAGGCAAAAGUGAUCCCAGAGCACUUGGAAUUCCUGUGAUAGCUAAAGACUUGACAAUUGAGCCAAGUUUCAAACUGAUGUUCAAUACCUACAGUGUACAGGCUGGAGAAGACCUGAAGGUAGAAGUACCCUUUAUUGGUAGACCCAAACCUACUAUUACUUGGACAAAAGAUGAGCAGCCACUAAAACAGACAACCAGAUUACAUAUUCAGGAUUCAUCGACAUCAACUAUCUUACAUAUUAAAGAAAGCAACAAGGAAGACUUUGGUAAAUAUACAGUAACAGCAACAAACACAGCAGGUACGGCAACAGAGCACCUGAGCAUAAUUGUACUGGAAAAGCCUGGCCCACCACGAGGACCCGUCCGCUUUGACGAGGUUAGCGCAGACUUCGUUGUUUUGUCAUGGGAUCCACCUGAUUAUACUGGUGGCUGUCAGAUAAGCAACUAUAUAGUAGAAAAGCGUGACACAAGCACUACCACAUGGAGCAUUGUGUCAGCAACUGUUGCAAGAACAACUAUCAAGGCAACAAAGCUUAAAACAGGUUCUGAAUACCAGUUCAGGAUUUCUGCUGAAAAUAGGUAUGGGAAGAGCUCUCCCUUGGAUUCUAAACCAGUUGUUGUGCAAUACCCCUAUAAGGUGCCUGGACCACCCGGAACCCCAUUUGUAACAGCAGCUUCUAAGGACCAUAUGAUUGUAGAAUGGCAUGAACCAGUUAAUGAUGGAGGAAGCAAAGUUCUUGGCUACCAUCUUGAACGUAAAGAUAAGAACAGCAUUCUUUGGACAAAACAGAACAAGUCACUCAUUGCAGACACCAAAUACAAAACAGAUGGCCUUGAAGAAGGUCUUGAAUAUGAAUUCAGAGUUUCUGCUGAAAACAUUGUUGGUGUUGGCAAAGUCAGCAAAGUAUCAGAACUGUAUGUUGCCCGAGAUCCCUGUGACCCACCUGGCCGCCCAGAGGCCAUUGUUGUUACAAGAAAUAAUAUCACACUGAAGUGGAAAAAACCAGAAUAUGAUGGUGGAAGCAAAAUAACUGGAUAUAUUGUAGAAAAGAAAGAACUACCAGAUGGUCGCUGGAUGAAAGCCAGCUUUACAAAUGUGUUGGAAACAGAAUUCACAGUAAGUGGUCUUGUUGAAGACCAACGAUAUGAAUUCAGAGUAAUUGCAAGAAAUGCAGCAGGUUGCUUCAGUGAACCAUCUGAAAGUACCGGGCCCAUUACUGCCAGAGAUGAAAUUGAAGCACCAGGAGCUUCAUUGGAUCCUAAAUACAAAGAUGUCAUUGUUGUUCAUGCUGGAGAAACUUUUGUUCUUGAAGCUGACAUCCACGGCAAACCUAUUCCUGACAUUACAUGGUCAAAAGAUGGCAAAGACCUGGAAGAAGCAACUGCAAGAAUGGAAAUUAAAUCUACCAUUCAGAAAACAACUCUUACUGUCAAAGACUGUAUAAGAGUAGAUGGAGGUCACUAUACUCUUAACCUCAGAAAUGUUGGUGGCACAAAAUCUAUACCAAUCACUGUAAAAGUCCUUGACAGGCCAGGACCUCCAGAAGGACCUUUGAUGGUUACAGGUGUCACUGCAGAAAAAUGCUACUUGGCAUGGGCUCCGCCUUUACAUGAUGGUGGCUCUAGUAUCUCACAUUAUAUCAUUGAGAAGAGAGAGACAAGUAGGCUUUCAUGGACACAAGUAGCAUCAGAAGUGCAGGCUCUUAACCACAAAGUAACCAGACUCCUUGCUGGCAAUGAGUACAUUUUCCGGGUAAUGGCUGUGAACAAAUAUGGAACUGGAGAACCCUUGGAAUCCGAGCCAAUUGUGGCUCGUAAUCCAUACAAACCCCCUGGUCCUCCUUCAACACCUGAAGUUUCAGCAAUCACAAAAGAUUCUAUGGUGGUAACAUGGGGUCGCCCAGAAGACAAUGGGGGAGCUGAAAUUGAAGGUUACAUACUGGAAAAACGAGACAAAGAUGGUAUCCGGUGGACCAAAUGCAAUAAGAAAAGACUGACAGACUUGCGAUUCAGAGUAACAGGUCUUACCGAUGGACAUUUCUAUGAAUUUAGAGUUUCUGCUGAAAAUGCUGCAGGGGUAGGGGAACCCAGUGAACCAUCCAUUUUCUAUCGUGCUUGUGAUGUAUUAUAUCCACCAGGUCCACCAAGUAAUCCAAAGGUUACAGACACUUCCAGGUCAUCAGUUUCCCUUGCCUGGAGUAAGCCCAUUUAUGAUGGUGGUGCUCCAGUUAAGGGAUAUGUAGUAGAAGUAAAAGAAGCUGCUGAUGAUGAAUGGACUACCUGCACCCCACCAACAGGCCUACAGGCAAAACAGUUCACCGUAACAAAACUUAAAGAGAACCAGGAGUAUAACUUCCGCAUUUGUGCCAUCAAUUCAGAAGGAGUAGGAGAACCUGCUACUAUACCUGGUACAGUCAUAGCAGCUGACAAGAUUGAACCUCCUGAAAUUGAACUUGAUGCAGACCUCAGGAAAGUAGUCACUGUACGUGCUAGUGGUACAUUACGCCUGUUUGUCACCAUCAAAGGAAGACCAGAACCUGAAGUUAAAUGGGAGAAAGCAGAAGGAACAAUUAGUGAGCGAGCUCAGAUUGAAGUCACCGGUUCCUAUACAAUGCUGGUAAUUGACAAUGUGAAUAGGUUUGACAGUGGUAGAUACAAUCUUACUUUAGAGAACAACAGUGGCAAAAAAUCGGCUUUUGUUAAUGUCAGAGUGCUUGAUACACCUAGUGCACCUAUAAACCUGACAAUCAGAGAAGUGAAGAAAGAUUUUGUAACAAUAGCCUGGGAAGCACCACUUAUUGAUGGUGGAGCUAAAAUUACCAACUAUGUAGUAGAAAAGCGAGAAUCCACAAGAAAGGCAUAUGCCACAGUUACAAGCAACUGCACUAAGAAUUCCUUCAAAGUUACUCAACUACAAGAAGGAUGUAGUUAUUACUUCCGUGUUCUAGCUGUAAAUGAAUAUGGAGUUGGCCUACCAGCAGAAACACCUGACCCAAUUAAGGCUUCUGAACCACCUUCUCCACCUGCAAAGGUCAUUCUUGUUGAUGUGACUCGCAACUCUGCUUCAGUUAAAUGGGAAAAGCCAGAGAGCGAUGGUGGCAGUAAAAUUACUGGUUAUACAGUAGAAAUGCAAACUAAAGGAAGUAUGAAAUGGAGUGCAUGUGCACAGGUGAAAACAUUAGAAGCAACAAUAACAGGCUUAAGUAUGGGAGAAGAGUACAGUCUCAGAGUGAUUGCUGUUAAUGAAAAAGGAAAAAGUGAUCCAAGAGAACUUGGUGUCCCAGUCAUUGCAAAAGACAUUGAAAUCCUGCCAUCUGCUGAGCUCCUUUUCAACACAUUCACUGUGAAAGCUGGAGAUGAUCUUAAGAUUGAUGUGCCAUUCAGAGGACGACCUCUUCCAACCGUUAGCUGGAAGAAGGAUGGGAAUCCCUUGAAAGAGACAACCAGGGUAAAUGUUCAGACAUCAAAGACUUCAACUACUCUGUCCAUCAAGGAAGCUUCAAAUGAAGAUUUGGGACAUUAUGAAUUACAUCUUUCAAAUACUGCCGGAUCAACAACAGCUUCUUUAAAUGUAGUUGUCCUUGACAGACCAGGUCCACCAACUGAUGUGCAUAUUGAUGAAGUUAGUGCUGAUAGUAUCACUCUGUCUUGGAAACCUCCAGUAUAUGAUGGUGGGUGCCAUAUUAGCAAUUACAUUGUGGAGAAGCGAGAAACUACCACAACAACAUGGGAUGUGGUAUCCGCAGCAGUUGCAAGAACAUCAAUUAAAGUAUCUCGACUCACCACCGGCUCUGAAUAUCAGUUCCGUAUUUGUGCAGAAAACCGCUAUGGGAAAAGCACUUACACUAAUUCUCCUUCUGUUCUGGCAGAAUAUCCAUUUAAGCCUCCAGGACCACCUGGAACUCCUCAUGUGGUACAUGCAACUAAAGCUUUCAUGAUUGUAACUUGGCAGGUACCAGUUAAUGAUGGAGGUAGCAGAGUACUAGGAUAUCAUUUGGAGCGUAAAGAAAGAAGCAGCAUUCUUUGGACAAAAGUCAACAAGAGCCUUAUACCUGAUACACAAAUGAAAGUUACAGGUCUUGAUGAAGGACUGCUGUACGAAUAUCGUGUAUAUGCUGAAAACAUUGCUGGAAUAGGCAAAUGCAGUAAAUCGUGUGAACCAGUUGCUGCAAGAGAUCCAUGUGAUCCUCCAGGUCAACCAGAAGUUACUAAUAUUACAAGAACCUGUGUCUCACUGAAAUGGACUAAACCAGAAUAUGAUGGUGGAGCUAAAGUAACAGGAUAUAUUAUCGAACGCAGAGAGAUACCAGAUGGUCGUUGGCUAAAGUGUAAUUUUACUAAUGUGCAAGAAACUUACUUUGAUGUUGGUGGGCUUACCGAAGACCAGCGAUAUGAAUUCCGUGUGAUUGCAAAGAACGCUGCUGGACUCUUCAGUCAGCCAUCUGAAUCAACUGGUCCUGUGACUGUAAAAGAUGAUAUAGAGGCUCCAAGAAUUAUGAUGGAUGCUAAAUUCAGGGAUGUUGUAGUUGUGAAAGCUGGAGAAGUGUUUAAAGUCAAUGCAGAUAUUGCAGGACGGCCAAUACCGGUGAUUUCAUGGACAAAGGAUGGCAAGGAGCUUGAAGGAAAAGCUAGAGUUGAAAUAGCCUCAACAGAUCAUACUACUGCAAUAACUGUCAAGGACUGCAUCCGAGGUGAUUCAGGACAGUAUGUACUAACAUUACAAAAUGUUGCAGGAACAAAAACUUUGGCAAUUAAUUGCAAAGUGCUCGAUAGACCUGGCCCACCUGCAGGGCCAUUAGAAAUAAAUGGCCUUACUGCUGAAAAGUGCCAUUUAUCAUGGGGACCUCCUCAAGAAAAUGGCGGUGCAGAUAUUGAUUAUUACAUUGUAGAAAAACGUGAGACCAGCAGAAUUGCAUGGACACUUUGUGAAGGAGAGCUUAGAACAACAUCCUGUAAAGUGACAAAACUACUGAAGGGUAAUGAGUAUAUUUUCAGAGUGAUGGGAGUUAAUAAAUAUGGUGUUGGUGAGCCUCUAGAAAGUGUUGCUGUCAAAGCCUUAGACCCAUUUACAGUUCCAAGUCCACCUACAUCUUUAGAGAUCACCAGUGUGAGCAAAGAUUCAAUAACUCUGUGCUGGGCAAGACCUGAGUCUGAUGGAGGCAGUGAGAUAUCUGGCUAUGUAAUUGAAAGACGUGAGAAAACCAGCCUAAGAUGGAUUCGUGUAAACAAAAAGCCAGUUUAUGAUUUAAGAGUGAAAUCACCUGGUCUCCGUGAAGGAUGUGAAUAUGAAUUCCGGGUUUACGCAGAAAAUGCUGCUGGCCUCAGUCUUCCAAGUGAAACCACACCAUUGAUUCGAGCAGAAGACCCAAUGUUCCUGCCAUCUCCCCCAUCUAAACCUAAGAUUAUGGAUUCUACGAGGUCAAAUAUCACAAUUGGGUGGACAAAGCCACUGUUUGAUGGAGGUGCUCCAGUAACAGGGUACACAGUUGAAUACAAGAAAACUGAUGAAACUGACUGGACAACUGCUGUUCAGAAUUUAAGAGGCACAGAAUACACUAUAACUGGAUUAGUAUCAGGCUCUGAGUACAUCUUCAGAGUGAAAUCGAUUAACAAAAUCGGUGUCAGUGAACCAAGUGAUACCUCAGAACCUCAGAUGGCAAAAGAAAGAGAAGAAGAACCUGCCUUUGAUAUUGACAGUGAAAUGCGGAAGACAUUAAUUGUUAAGGCUGGUGGAUCAUUCACAAUGACUGUUCCUUUCAGAGGCAAACCAGUCCCAAAUGUAACGUGGAACAAGUCAGACACUGAUCUCCGUACAAGAGCAAGCAUUGAUACUUCCGAUAAUUGCACAUCUCUUACUAUUGAAAAAGCAACAAGAAACGAUUCUGGAAAAUACACAUUAACAUUGCAAAACAGCCUGAACACUGCUACCUUGACUUUAAUCGUCAAAGUUCUUGAUACUCCUGGCCCACCAUCUAAUAUUUCAGCAAAAGACAUAACUAAAGAAUCUGCUGUGCUAUCUUGGGAUGUUCCUGAAAACGACGGUGGAGCACCUGUAAAGAAUUAUGUUAUUGAAAAACGAGAAGCUAGCAAAAAAGCAUGGGUCACUGUGACAAACAGUUGUCAUCGUCUGUCCUACAAAGUGACUGGCUUGCAAGAAGGUGCCAUUUACUACUUCCGUGUUUCUGGAGAAAAUGAGUAUGGUGUUGGAGUGCCUUCCGAGACCAAGGAGGGAACAAAAAUAACAGAAAAACCCAGCCCACCAGAAAAACUUGGAGUAACAAAUGUCACAAAGGACAGUGUUUCUCUUUCAUGGCUAAAACCAGAACAUGAUGGUGGAAGCAGAAUUGUGAGCUACCUCAUUGAAGCUCUUGAGAAAGGACAGCAAAAAUGGGUUAAGUGCGCUGUUGUAAAGACAACUCAUCAUGUCAUCCACGGCCUUAAGGAGAAUGUUGACUAUUUCUUCAGGGUGUCUGCAGAAAACCAAGCUGGUUUAAGUGAUCCUAAGGAACUACUGCUGCCUGUUACAGUUAAAGAACAAUUAGAAUCUCCUGAAAUUGACAUGAAAGGCUUCCCUCAUAACACUGUGUAUAUUCGAGCAGGAUCAAACCUGAAAGUUGAAAUUCCAGUUUCUGGAAAACCAGUGCCAAAGGUGACAUUGUCUAGAGAUGGUGUUCCACUGAAACCUACCAUGAGAUUUCACACAGAAACCACUGCAGAAAGUCUCAUCAUUAACCUUAAAGAAAGUGUGGCUGCUGAUGCUGGCAGAUAUGAUAUUACUGCUGCCAACUCAAGUGGCACCACAAAAUCAUUUAUUAAUAUUGUUGUGCUGGAUAGACCAGGUCCUCCUGUUGGUCCUGUUGUCCUCAGCGAUAUCACUGAAGAGAGUGUAACACUCAGAUGGCAGCCACCAGCUUAUGAUGGUGGGAGUCAAGUUACCAACUAUAUUGUACUGAAGAGAGAAACCAGUACUGCUGCUUGGUCUGAAGUGUCUGCAACCAUUGCUAGAACUGUUAUCAAAGUUAUGAAGCUCACAACAGGAGAAGAAUACCAAUUCCGCAUCAAAGCUGAGAACCGCUUCGGCAUCAGUGAUCACAUAGACUCACAGUGUGUGGUUGUCAAGCUUCCUUACACUACCCCUGGCCCUCCUUCCACACCAUGGGUCACGAAUGUCACCCGAGAGAGUAUUACUGUUGGAUGGCAUGAACCAGUCACUAAUGGCGGCAGUGCAGUCAUGGGAUACCACCUGGAAAUGAAAGACAGGAAUAGCAUAUUAUGGCAGAAGGCUAACAAGACCCUCAUCCGCACAACACACUUCAAAGUCACCACCAUCAGUGCUGGCCUUAUCUAUGAAUUUAGAGUUUAUGCAGAAAACGCAGCUGGCAUUGGAAAAGCAAGCCAUCCUUCUGAUCCAGUCCUUGCAAUUGAUGCUUGUGAACCCCCAAGAAACGUUCGUGUCUCAGACAUUUCCAAGACUGCUAUCAGUCUGUCAUGGCAGAAGCCAGCGUUUGAUGGUGGCAGCAAGAUCACUGGAUACAUUGUAGAAAAACGUGAUCUUCCAGACGGCAGAUGGACAAAAGCUAGCUUCACCAAUGUUAUUGAGACUCAGUUCACCGUGUCUGGUCUGACCCAGAAUUCCCGGUAUGAAUUCCGGGUCUUUGCUAAGAAUGCCGUUGGCUCCAUUAGUAAUCCCUCCGAUGUUGUGGGUCCCAUCACAUGCGUUGAUACCUACGGUGCACCUGAAAUUGAUGUGCCACCAGAAUAUACAGAAGUGGUGAAAUAUAAAGCAGGAACUUCAGUUAAGCUAAAACUAGGCAUCUCGGGCAAGCCUACACCCACAAUUGAAUGGUUCAAAAAUGGCAACGAAGUACAAAGCAGUGCACUAGUGUCUAUUGAAAACACAACAGAAUUUGCUUCUAUACUUCUCAAGGAUGCAACUCGACUCAACAGUGGCACCUAUGAAUUAAAACUGAAGAAUGCCAUGGGUUCAGCAUCAGCCCAUGUUAGAGUACAGAUACUUGACAAGCCAGGACCCCCAGGUGGACCUAUACAGUUUAAGACAGUCACUGCUGAAAAGAUUACAAUAACAUGGGACCCACCAGCAGAUGAUGGUGGUGCACCAGUAACACACUAUGUUGUUGAAAAGCGGGAGACGAGUCGGGUUGUAUGGUCUUUAAUUUCUGAAAAAUUGGAGGGGUGUAUCAUAACUACAACAAAACUCAUAAAAGGAAAUGAAUAUGUGUUCCGUGUACGUGGUGUUAACAAGUUUGGAGUUGGUGAUUCACUGGAGUCUGAACCUGUUAUAGCCAAAAAUUCAUUUGUUACACCUGGACCACCUAGUGUACCAGAAGUCACAAUGAUAACCAAGAAUUCUAUGACCGUUGUCUGGAAUAGGCCCACUGUUGAUGGAGGCAGUGAAAUAUCAGGAUAUUUUCUUGAGAAGCGUGACAAGAAGAGUCUAAGCUGGUUCAAGGUUACUAAAGAAACCAUUCGGGACACCAGACAGAAAGUAACAGGUCUGACUGAAAACAGUGAAUAUAAUUUCCGAGUUUGUGCUGUUAACGCAGCUGGACAAGGUCCGUUCUCUGAAGCUUCUGACUUCUACAAAGCUGCAGAUCCUGUUGAUAAGCCAGGCACACCAACAAAGCUGAAGGUUGUGGAUACAACCAAGACAUCUGUCACCCUUGGCUGGAUUAAACCUGCCUAUGAUGGAGGAAGUCCAAUUACCAACUACGUGGUGGAGAAAAGAGAAGGUGAAGAGCAGAAAUGGACUGUAGUCAGCACUAAAGGAGAAGUGAGAACAACUGAGUAUGUUGUAUCCCACCUUCAGCCAAGUGUUAAUUAUUAUUUCCGCGUGUCUGCUAUAAAUUGCGCUGGACAAGGAGAGCCUAUUGAAAUGACGGAACCCGUUCAAGCUAAAGACAUUCUUGUGGCACCAGAGAUUGAUCUGGAUGUUGCUCUACGGACCUCUGUUAUUGCUAAAGCAGGUGAAGAUGUACAAAUAAUGAUUCCAUUCAAAGGAAGACCUCCUCCAACAGUCACAUGGAGAAAGGGUGACAAGAAUCUUGGGAUUGAUGAAAGAUAUAUCAUCCAGAACACAGAGUCAUCUACACUACUUACUAUUCCUCAAGUUACCCGGAAUGAUACAGGAAAAUAUGUUCUUACAAUUGAAAAUGGAGUUGGAGAAGCAAAAUCAUCAUUUGUGAAUGUAAAAGUACUUGACACACCAUCUGCCUGCCAGAAGCUGCAGCUUAAGCAUGUCUCUCGUGGCACAGUUACACUGGUGUGGGAGCCACCUCUCAUUAAUGGUGGUUCGGAAAUAACAAAUUAUGUUGUUGAAAAAAGAGAUGCUACGAAGAGGGCCUGGUCAACGGUAACAACAAAGUGUUCUCAUACCACCUUUAAGCUAACUAACCUAUCAGAGAAGACUGCAUUCUUCUUCCGUGUUCUUGCUGAAAAUGAAAUUGGGCUGGGUGAACCUUGUGAGACAUCUGAACCAGUGAAAGCUGCAGACAUACCUGGACCUGUAAAAGACCUAGCCAUGAAAGAUUCUACAAAGACUUCUGUUAAAUUGCAGUGGAGCAAACCUGACUAUGAUGGUGGUAGUAUUAUAUCGGACUAUGUUAUUGAAAAGAAACUGCAGGAAGAAAAAGAAUGGACAUAUGCAGGCACAAGCAAGAGCUGUGAAUUUGAAGUUGAAAAACUUAAAGAGCUUUCUGUCAUGGAAUUCAGAGUCUUUGCUAAAAAUGAAAAAGGCAUGAGUGAUGGUGUUACUGUUGGACCCAUUACAGUAAAAGAACUUAUAAUAACACCUGAAGCUGACCUUUCUGAUAUUCCUGGAGGACAAAUUGCAGUAAGAAUUGGACAUAAUCUGCACAUUGAAUUGCCUUAUAAAGGUAAACCUAAGCCAUCAAUGAGCUGGCUCAAGGACAACCUUCCUCUUAAAGAAACUGAACACCUUCGUUUCAAGAAAACUGAAAACAAGAUAAGCUUAAGCAUCAAGAAUGUGAAAAAGGAUCAUGGUGGCAAAUAUACUUUAAUUCUUGAUAAUGUAGUCUGCAGAAAAUCAUUCACAAUCACUGUCAUCACUCUUGGCCCUCCAUCUAAGCCAAAAGGACCUUUAAAACUAGAUGAAAUCAAAGCAGAUAGUGUAGUUUUGUCCUGGGAAGCUCCCGAAGAUGAUGGGGGAGGAGAAAUCACUGGCUACAGUAUUGAGAAGAGAGAAACUUCACAAAUGAACUGGAAGCUGGUGUGUUCGAGUGCUGCAAGAACAACUUUCAAAGUACCAAACCUUGUUAAAGACACAGAGUAUCAGUUUAGAGUUCGUGCAGAAAACAGAUACGGAGUGAGCCCACCUCUUGUGUCAGCAGAUGUUGUGGCAAAGCAUCAGUUUAGACCACCGGGUGCCCCAGGCAAGCCUGUUGUAUACAACAUAACUGCUGAUGGAAUGACCAUAUCUUGGGACGCUCCCGUUUAUGAUGGUGGUUCAGAGAUUACUGGAUACCACGUUGAAAAGAAGGAACGAAACAGUAUUUUGUGGCAGAAGGUCAAUGUUGCAUUAAUAUCUAGCAGAGAAUACAGGAUUACUGGACUGCUAGAGGGCCUGGAUUACCAGUUCCAAGUAUAUGCUGAAAAUACUGCAGGUCUAAGCCGAGCUAGCGAGCCAAGCAAGUUUACUCUGGCAGUCUCUCCAGUGGACCCACCUGGUACUCCUGAUUACAUCGAUGUCACGAGAGAAACAGUCACCCUUAAAUGGACACCCCCACUGCGUGACGGAGGCAGUAAGAUUGUGGCCUACAGCAUUGAGAAACGGCAAGGAAGCGAAGACCGUUGGCUCAGAUGUAAUUUUACUGAUGUCAGUGAAUGCCAAUAUACAGUUACAGGACUCAGUUCAGGUGACCGAUAUGAAUUCAGAGUGCUUGCAAGAAAUGCUGUUGGUACAAUCAGCCCGCCUUCACAGUCUUCAGGAUAUAUCAUGACCCGAGAUGAAAACAUUGCUCCAACAAUUGAAUUUGGCCCUGAGCACUUUGAAGGCCUUACUGUUAAAGCUGGAGAGACCAUCAAACUUAAAGCUCUAAUCAAAGGACGUCCAGUACCUAAAGUGACAUGGUUUAAGGAUGGUAAAGAGAUUGAGAAAAUAAUGAAUAUAGAAAUAACUACCGCUAUUGGAUACAGUACAAUCUUCAUUAGAGAUGCUACCCGGGAUCAUCGUGGAGUGUACACAGUAGAAGCCAAAAAUGCAUCUGGCACUAAACGAGAAGAUAUUACCUUCAGAGUACAAGACACACCAGGAAAAGUUGGUGGACCGAUACGAUUCACGAACGUUACUGGAGAAAAAGUCACAUUAUGGUGGGAGCCUCCAGCUAAUGAUGGUUGUGCUUCUAUUUCCCACUACAUAAUUGAAAAACGUGAAACCAGCAGGAUUGCUUGGGCAUUAGUUGAAGAUAAAUGUGAAGCUUGCAGCUACACUGCACUUAAAUUAAUUAAGGGCAACGAGUACCAGUUCCGUGUGUCUGCAGUGAACAAAUUUGGAGUUGGCAGACCAUUGGAGUCUGAUCCAGUUACUGCACAAAUACCUUACACUCUCCCUGAUGCACCAGGUACUCCAGAGCCUACCAAUGUAACAGGAGACAGUAUCACACUGACAUGGGCAAGACCACAAUCAGAUGGUGGAAGCGAGAUAAAUGAGUAUAUUCUAGAAAGGAGAGAAAAGAAGAGCAUGCGCUGGGUUAAAGUAUCCAGUAAGAGACCCAUUACUGAGAACAGAUACAGAGUAACUGGCCUUAUUGAAGGCAACGAGUAUGAAUUCCAUGUCAUGGCUGAAAACGCUGCAGGAGUUGGACCUCCAAGUGAUGUUUCAAGGCUGAUUAAAUGUAGAGAACCAGUCAGCCCACCAAGUGCUCCUAACGUUGUAAAGGUGACAGAUACAUCAAAGACUAGUGUAAGCUUAGAGUGGACCAAGCCGGUUUUUGAUGGCGGUAUGGAAAUAAUUGGCUACAUCAUUGAGAUGUGCAAAGCUGAUCUCGAAGCAUGGCAGAAAGUCAAUGCAGAGACUGUUCUUGCUACUAAAUAUACCGUUGUUGAUCUGGAGGCAGGAGAACACUAUAAAUUCAGAGUUAGUGCUGUCAAUGGUGCUGGCAAAGGAGAAAGUUGUGAAGUUCCUGCUUCAGUCCAAACUGUGGACAGGCUUUCUGCACCUGACAUUGAUAUCGAUGCAAACUUCAAGCAGACUCAUAUUGUAAGAGCAGGUGCAAGCAUUCGUCUAUUUAUUGCCUUCUCUGGAAGACCUGCUCCUACCGCUGCGUGGUCCAAAGCAGAUGCUAAUCUUAGCUUGCGUGCUGACAUUCAAACAACUGAUUCAUUUAGCACAUUGACUGUGGAGGAAUGCAACAGAAACGAUUCUGGCAAGUAUGUCUUUACUGUGGAAAACAACAGUGGAAGUAAGUCUAUCACAUUUACUGUCAAGGUUUUAGACACACCUGGUCCACCAGGUCCUAUUACAUUUAAAGACGUGACUAGAGGAUCUAUUACUUUAAUGUGGGAUGCUCCUGUUCUGGAUGGAGGUUCUCGUAUCCAUCACUACGUUGUGGAAAAACGGGAAGCAAGCCGUCGUAGCUGGCAAGUGGUGAGUUCAAAAUGCACUCGACAAAUCUUUAAGGUCACUGAUCUGGCAGAAGGUGUGCCAUAUUACUACCGAGUGUCAGCAGAAAAUGAAUAUGGUGUAGGUGAACCCUGUGAAUUAACAGAACCGGUUGUAGCCACAGAAGAACCUGCUCCACCUAAGAGACUAGAUAUUGUUGAUACAACCAAAUCUUCUGUAGUUUUAGCUUGGCUUAAACCUGAUCAUGAUGGUGGUAGCCGUGUUACUGGAUACCUUCUUGAAAUGAAACAAAAAGGAUCUGACUCCUGGAUUGAAGCUGGACAAACCAAACAACUUACUUUCACUGUUGAAGGCCUUGUGGAGAACACUGAGUAUGAGUUCCGGGUCAAGGCAAAGAAUGAUGCUGGCUACAGUGAGCCAAGAGAAGCUUUCUCUUCUGUUAUUAUUAAGGAGCCACAGAUUGAACCAACAGCAGAUCUCAGUGAAAUAAGCAGACAGCUCAUAACAUGCAAGGCUGGAAGCACCUUUACUAUUGACGUACCAAUCAGUGGGCGCCCAGCUCCAAAAGUGACAUGGAAACUGGAAGAGAUGAGGCUGAAGGAAACUGAGAGAGUGACCAUCAAGACAACAAAAGAGAGAACCACACUGACUGUAAAGGACAGUAUGAGAGGUGACUCUGGCAAAUACUACCUCACACUUGAAAACACUGCUGGUGUGAAAACAUUUACUGUCACAGUAGUAGUCAUAGGAAGGCCAGGUCCUGUCACUGGCCCAAUUGAAAUAUCAUCUGUCUCUGCUGAAUCCUGUGUAUUGACCUGGAAAGAACCUGAAGAUGACGGUGGCAGUGACAUUACAAACUACAUUGUAGAGAAACGUGAAUCUGGCACAACAGCAUGGCAGCUGGUAAAUUCCAGUGUGAAACGUACACAGAUCAAAGUCACUCGUCUCACAAAAUACCAGGAGUACAGUUUCCGAGUAAGCUCAGAAAACAGAUUUGGUGUCAGCAAACCCCUUGAAUCAAAAACAGUGGUUGCUGAGCAUCCAUUCGUCCCACCCAGCCCACCUUCAAGGCCAGAAGUCUAUUCUGUGUCUGCAACCGCCAUGGCAAUUCGUUGGGAGGAACCAUAUCAUGAUGGUGGCAGCAAAGUCAUUGGAUAUUGGGUUGAAAAGAAGGAGCGCAACACCAUCCUUUGGGUGAAGGAGAACAAAGUGCCAUGCUGUGAAUGCAACUACAAAGUCACAGGAUUGGUGGAAGGCCUAGAAUAUCAAUUCAGAACCUAUGCUCUAAAUGCUGCAGGUGUUAGCAAAGCUAGUGAAGCUUCCAGACCUGUCGUGGCUCAAAAUCCAGUUGAUCCACCAGGAAGACCAGAAGUAACAGAUGUCACCAGAUCUACAGUGUCGCUGAGCUGGUCAGCACCCCUUUAUGAUGGUGGAAGCAAAAUUAUUGGCUAUAUUAUAGAACGUAAACCAUACAGCGAAUCUGGUGAUGGACGCUGGCUGAAAUGCAAUUACACCAUUGUCUCAGAAAACUUUUUUACGGUGACAGCUCUUAGUGAAGAUGAAGCAUACGAAUUCCGUGUACUAGCAAAGAAUGCUGCCGGUGUGAUUAGCAAAGGAUCUGAAUCGACUGGUGCUGUCAUUUGCAAAGAUGAAUACUCACCACCAAAGGCUGAACUUGAUGCCAGACUGCAGGGAGAAGUUGUGACCAUUAGGGCUGGAUCAGAUCUUGUUCUUGAUGCAGCCGUUGGUGGGAAACCAGAACCAAAAGUCUCCUGGUCUAAAGGUGACAGGGAAUUGGAUCUGUGUGAAAAGAUAUCUCUGCAAUACACCAGCAAACGAGCCAUUGCAAUUAUCAAGUUCUGUGACAGAAGUGAUAGUGGAAAAUAUACUCUAACUGUUAAAAAUGCCAGUGGGAUGAAACAAAUUUCUGUUCUUGUCAAAGUGCUUGAUUCACCAGGUCCAUGUGCAGGCAAAAUCACUGUUAGCAGAGUAACAGAAGAGAAAUGUACUCUGGCAUGGAACAUGCCUGAGGAAGAUGGAGGUGCCCAGAUCACUCACUAUAUCAUAGAAAGGCGUGAAACCAGCAGACUUCACUGGGUUAUUGUUGAGGCUGAAUGCCAGACUUUAUCAUGUGUGGUAACCAAACUUAUAAAAAAUAAUGAAUAUAUCUUCCGUGUGAGAGCUGUCAACAAAUAUGGACCAGGUGUUCCACUUGAGACGGAACCUAUGAUUGCCAGGAAUGCUUUCACCAUCCCAACACAGCCUGGUGCUCCUGAAGAAGUGAGUGUCGGCAAGGAACAUAUCAUUAUUCAGUGGACAAAACCAGAAUCAGAUGGUGGCAGUGAGAUUAAGGACUAUCUUGUGGACAAACGGGAAAGGAAAAGUCUGCGCUGGACACGUGUGAACAGAGAUUACACUGUUUAUGAUACCAGGCUGAAAGUUACUGGUCUCAUGGAAGGAAGCCAGUACCAGUUCCGUGUCACUGCAGUAAAUGCUGCCGGGAACAGUGAGCCCAGUGAAGCUUCACAGUACAUGUUAUGUAAAGAGCCAUCAUAUACCCCUGCAGCACCUUCAGCUCCAAGAGUUGUGGAUACUACUAAGCACAGCAUAAGUUUAGCAUGGUCAAAGCCCACAUAUGACGGUGGUGCUGACAUCUUGGGCUAUGUUCUUGAAAUGAAAGAAGAAGGUACCGAACAGUGGUAUCGACCACAUACAACUGCCACUCUGAGGAAUGCAGAGUUCACCGUGACUGGUCUUAAAACAAAUCAGAAAUACCAAUUCAGAGUUGCUGCUACAAAUGUAAAUGGAAUGAGUGAAUUUAGUGAAUCAUCAGCACAAAUAGAACCUGUGGAAAGAAUAGAAAUACCUGAGCUUGAAAUUGCUGAUGAUCUGAAGAAGACAGUUACAGUCAGAGCUGGUGGUUCCCUGCGCCUAAUGGUCUCUGUAUCUGGCAGACCUGCUCCCAUAAUCACAUGGAGCAAGCAGGGUGUUGACCUUGUAAGUCGAGCUAUUAUUGAUACUACAGACAGCUACACUCUGCUUAUUGUGGAUAAAGUUAAUCGGUAUGACGCUGGAAAAUACGUCAUUGAGGCUGAAAAUCAAUCAGGAAAAAAAUCCGCAACUAUUUCUGUAAAAGUGUAUGAUACACCUGGUCCACCAGCUGCAGUGAGAAUUAAGGAAGUAUCAAAAGAUUCUGUGACACUUACUUGGGAUAUUCCAACCAUUGAUGGUGGAGCCCCAGUCAACAAUUACAUAAUUGAGAAACGUGAAGCUUCCAUGAGAGCUUACAAGACUGUCACUACCAAAUGCAGCAAAACAUUUUAUAGAGUCACUGGACUUCUAGAAGGAGCUUUGUACUAUUUCAGAGUACUACCAGAAAAUAUUUACGGCAUUGGUGAAGCCUGUGAAACAUCUGAUGCAGUACUAGUAUCUGACGUUCCCAUGGUACCACAAAAGCUUGAAGUGAUUGACACCACUAAAUCAACUGUCACCCUUGCAUGGGAGAAACCACCACAUGAUGGUGGCAGCAGACUGACUGGCUAUGUUAUUGAGGCCAGCAAAGCUGGAACAGAAAGAUGGUUGAAGGUAGUGACACUGAAGCCUACUGUCUAUGAGCACACAAUUAUCUCUCUCAAUGAAGGUGAACAGUACUUGUUCAGGGUGAGAGCACAGAAUCAGAAGGGCAUGUCAGAACCACGAGAGAUUGUCACAGCAGUGACGGUACAAGACCAAAAAGUUCUACCAACAAUUGACUUUGCUGGAAUACCUCAGAAGACAAUUCACGUACCAGCUGGCAAGCCCAUUGAGUUAGCUAUUCCGAUUGAAGGACGGCCACCUCCAGCUGCAUCUUGGUUCUUUGCUGGUUCUAAACUGAAAGAAUCAGAGCGCAUCAAAAUUGAGACUGUUGCCAAAAUGGCUAAAUUAACCGUGCGGGAGACCACCAUACAGGACACUGGGGAGUAUACGCUUGAACUGAAGAACACAACUGGAACAGUUACUGAUACAAUAAAGGUUAUAAUCCUUGACAAACCUGGACCUCCUGUUGGACCUAUCCGAAUUGAUGAAAUUGAUUCAAAUUAUGUAACCAUUUCCUGGGAGCCUCCUGAGCUGGAUGGCGGAGCUACCCUUAGCGGCUAUGUGGUAGAACAGCGCGAUGCUCACCGUCCUGGAUGGCUGCCAGUUUCAGAGUCAGUAACCAGGACGAUGUUCAAAUUCACCAGACUUGUUGAAGGUGCAGAAUACGUGUUCCGUGUGGCUGCUACAAACCGCUUUGGAAUUGGAUCUUACCUGCAGUCUGAAAUUAUAGAAUGCAAGAGCAGAAUCCGUAUUCCUGGUCCUCCUGGCACUCCAGAAGUGUUUGAUAUCUCUCGUGAUGGCAUGACAUUAACUUGGUAUCCUCCAGAAGAUGAUGGUGACUCACAGAUUACUGGUUAUAUUGUGGAACGCAAAGAAGUUAGAGCAGAUAGAUGGAUCCGUGUAAAUAAAGUUCCAGUCACCAUGACUCGUUACCGUUCCACUGGGUUGGUUGAAGGAUUAGAAUAUGAACACCGAGUCACAGCAAUCAAUGCCAGAGGCACAGGGAAGCCCAGCCGUCCUUCCAAGUCUGCUGUUGCUAGAGAUCCAAUUGCUCCUCCAGGUAAACCUCAGAAUCCAAGAGUCACUGAUACUACAAGAACAUCCGUCUCCCUGGCUUGGAGUCCACCAGAAGAUGAAGGUGGCUCUAAAGUUACUGGCUACUUAAUUGAGAUGCAGAAGGUUGAUCAAUUUGAAUGGACCAAAUGCAAUACCACGCCAACCAAGAUUCGUGAAUACACCUUGACACAUCUCCCCCAGGGUGCAGAGUACAGAUUCCGCGUGCUAGCUUGUAAUGCUGGUGGACCAGGAGAACCUGCUGAAGUGCCAGGAACAGUCAAAAUAACAGAAAUGCUUGAAUAUCCCGACUACGAACUUGAUGAAAAAUACCAGGAAGGUCUCAUGGUGAGACAAGGUGGAGUUAUCAGGCUUACAAUACCCAUUAAGGGUAAGCCCAUCCCAAUAUGCAAAUGGACAAAGGAGGGACACGACAUCAGCAAGAGAGCCAUGAUUGCGACUUCUGACACUCACACAGAACUUGUCAUCAAAGAUGCAGAAAGAGAAGAUUCGGGCACCUAUGACUUGGCACUUGAAAACAAGUGUGGCAAAAAAGCUGUGUAUAUUAAAGUCAGAGUGAUUGGCAUUCCAAAUCCACCAGAAGGGCCACUUGAGUAUGAUGAUAUACAAGCUCGUUCUGUCAGAGUAAGCUGGAGACCUCCUACAGAUGAUGGUGGUGCAGAUAUCCUAGGUUAUAUUGUUGAGAGACGCGAAGUACCAAAGACUGCCUGGUACACUGUUGACUCCAGAGUGAAAGGGACAUCACUAGUGGUUAAAGGGCUCAAAGAAAAUGUGGAAUAUCACUUCCGUGUUUCUGCUGAAAAUCAUUUCGGUAUUAGCAAGUCUCUCAAAUCUGAAGAACCAGCAGUACCAAAGACACCUCUAAAUCCUCCAGAGCCUCCAAACAACCCACCUGAAGUGCUUGAUGUUACAAAGAGUUCUGUCAACUUGUCCUGGUCCAGACCUAAAGAUGAUGGUGGUUCUCGCGUAACUGGCUACUACAUCGAACGUAAAGAGACGUCUACAGAAAAAUGGGUCCGGCAUAAUAAGACGCAGAUUACCACUACCAUGUACACAAUCACAGGCCUUGUUCCAGAUGCUGAAUAUCAAUUCCGUAUCAUUGCUCAAAAUGACAUUGGUGAAAGCGAAGCAAGUCCUGCUUCUGAACCAGUUGUAUGCAAGGAUCCGUUUGACAAACCAAGCCAACCUGGAGAAAUUGAGAUCACUUCUAUAUUUAAAGACAGCAUUACGUUAGAAUGGGAACGACCUGAAAGUGAUGGUGGCAAAGAGAUCCUUGGCUAUUGGGUUGAAUAUCGCCAGUCUGGAGAAAGCACCUGGAAAAAAUGCAAUAAAGAACGCAUCAAGGACAGGCAGUUUACUGUAGGAGGUUUACUAGAGGCUACAGAAUACGAGUUCCGUGUUUUUGCAGAAAAUCAGACUGGCCUCGGCAGACCACGAAGGACUGCUAUGGCAGUGAAAACUAAAUUAACAUCUGGAGAAGCACCUGCCAUAAGGAAGGAGAUGCAGGAUGUUACAACUAAACUGGGUGAAGCAGCCCAGCUGACAUGCCAGAUUGUUGGGAGACCUUUGCCUGAUAUUAAAUGGUACCGCUUUGGCAAAGAACUGGUGCAGAGCCGAAAAUACAAAAUGUCAUCUGAUGGACGCAACCAUACACUGACAGUAGUAACAGAUGAACAGGAGGAUGAAGGUCUCUACACUUGUAUGGCUACCAAUGAUGUCGGAGAAAUUGAAACUAGUGGCAAGCUGUUACUGCAGGCCCCUCCUCAGUUCCAUCCUGGCUUCCCAUUGAAAGAGAAAUACUAUGCAGGUGCAGGCGGCACCCUCCGCCUCCACGUUAUGUACAUUGGCCGACCAGUACCAGCAAUAACUUGGUUCCACGGCAACAAACCUUUGAGAGGAUCAGAAACAGUUACUAUUGAGAACACAGAGCAUUAUACUCAUCUUGCUAUUAAGAACGUUCAGCACAAGACUCAUGCUGGGAAGUACAAAGUGCAACUCAGUAACACAUUUGGAACAGUUGACACCGUCCUUAAUGUGGAAAUACAAGAUAAGCCAGAUAAACCAGUAGGGCCAAUUGUUAUAGAAUCUAUACUGAAGAAUUCUGUGGUGAUAAGCUGGAAACCACCAGAAGAUGAUGGAGGUGCUAUGAUAACCAACUACGUCAUAGAGAGACGUGAAGCCAAGGAAGGAGCAGAAUGGCAACUUGUAUCUUCAAACAUUUCAGGCACAACAUGUAGAAUUGUUAACCUAACUGAAAAUGCAGGCUAUUAUUUCCGUGUUUCUGCUCAGAAUACAUAUGGCAUUAGUGAAGCAUUGGAGGUUUCAUCAGUUGUUGUUAUGAAGCCUCCAUUUGAAAAACCAGGACAACCUGGUCAGCCAGUAGCAAGUGCUGUCACAAAGGAUUCUUGUGUUGUCUCAUGGAAGCCACCUGCAAGUGAUGGUGGUGCAAAGAUUAGAACUUACUAUCUUGAGAAGCGUGAGAAAAAACAAAACAAGUGGAUUUCUGUAACAACAGAUGAAAUUCGUGAAACUGUCUAUUCUGUGAAAGAUCUUAUUGAAGGUCUUGAAUAUGAAUUCCGUGUAAAAUGUGAAAAUCUUGGUGGUGAAAGUGAGUGGAGUGAGGUAUCACAACCGGUCAUUCCAAAAUCUGAUGUACCAAUUCAAGCUCCACAUUUCAAGGAAGAACUAAGGAAUCUGAAUGUGAAAUUUCAAGCUAAUGCCACAUUCGUCUGCAAAGUCACUGGUCAUCCUAAACCAAUUGUCAAGUGGUACAGGCAGGGCAAAGAAAUCAUGCCAGAUGGUGAAAAGAUCAAGAUACAGGAAUUCAAGGGUGGAUAUUACCAGCUGGUCAUCACAAACGUAACGGAUGAUGAUGCCACAGUAUAUCAAGUUAGAGCUACCAACCAAGGAGGAUCUGUGUCUGGCACUGCCUCUUUGGACGUUGAAGUUCCUGCAAAGAUUCAUUUGCCCAAAAACCUGGAAGGCAUGGGAGCUGUUCAUGCCCUCCGAGGGGAAGUAGUGAGCAUCAAGAUUCCAUUCAGCGGCAAGCCUCCUCCCGUGAUCACAUGGCAGAAGGGACAAGACCUUAUCGAUACUAAUGGACACUACCAAGUCAUUGUUACACGAUCAUUCACAUCUCUUGUUUUCCCAAAUGGCGUUGACAGAAAAGAUGCAGGGUUUUACAUUGUUUGCGCCAAAAACAGAUUUGGAAUAGAUCAAAAAACAGUUGAAUUAGAUGUUGCUGAUGUGCCUGAUCCACCAAGAGGUCUGAAGGUAACUGACAUUUCAAGGGAUUCAGUUAACUUAACCUGGAAUGAACCAGCUACUGAUGGUGGAAGCAGAAUCAUAAACUACAUUAUUGAGAAACGUGCAACAACAGCAGAGCGAUGGAUUCGUGUGGCACAAGCUCGUGAUACACGAUACACAGUGGUGAAUCUAUUUGGCAAGACCAGCUACCAGUUCCGUGUAAUUGCAGAAAACAAGUUUGGCCAAAGCCAGCCUUCUGAACCUACUGAUCCAAUUAUAACAAAAGAGGAUAAGACCAGAGUAAUGAACUAUGAUGAAGAAGUUGAUGAGACCAGAGAAGUCACCACAGCUAAAGCAGGUCACUAUUCUACAAAGGAACUCUAUGACAAAUAUAUGAUUGCGGAAGAGCUUGGCCGUGGGCAGUUUGGCAUUGCACACCGAUGUGUUGAGGCAGUUUCAAAAAAGACUUACCUGGCGAAGUUUGUCAAAGUAAAAGGUGCUGACCAAGUUUUGGUAAAGAAAGAGAUUUCCAUUCUAAACAUUGCUAGGCACCAAAAUAUUCUGUAUCUUCAUGAAUCAUUUGAGAGCCUAGAAGAAUUGGUCAUGAUCUUUGAAUUCAUUUCUGGAGCUGACAUCUUCGAAAGAAUGAGCACAGCUUCAUUUGAACUGAACGAAAGAGAAAUAGUAAGUUAUGUGCGCCAGGUCUGCGAUGCACUAGAAUUUUUACAUCGCCACAGCAUCGGACAUUUUGAUAUUAAACCAGACAACAUUAUUUACUUCACAAGAAGAAGCUCUGUAGUUAAAAUCAUUGAAUUUGGUCAAGCCAGACAACUGAAGCCUGGGGACAGCUUUAGACUCCAGUUCACUUCUCCCGAAUAUUAUGCACCUGAAGUACAUCAUCAUGAUUUGGUCAGCACAGCUACUGACAUGUGGUCAGUUGGUGCUCUAACAUAUAUACUGCUCAGUGGCAUUAAUCCUUUCAUUGCUGAAACAAAUCAACAAGUUAUUGAAAAUAUUCUAAAUGCUGAAUACAACUUUGAUGAUGAAGCAUUCAAAGAAAUAAGCAUUGAGGCCAUGGACUUCAUAGAUCGCCUGCUAGUAAAGGAAAGAAAAGCUCGGAUGACAGCUGCUGAAGCACUUAACCACACGUGGCUAAAACAGCAGACAGAAAAGACCAGCACUAAAGUCAUCAAGACCUUGAGGCACAGGCGUUACUACCAAACUCUAGUGAAGAAGGAGUUGAACACAGUUGUGUCAGUAGCCCGCAUUUCCUGUGGAGGUGCGAUUAGAUCUCAGAAAGGCAUAACGGUGGCUAAAGUUAAAGUUGCACCAAUAGACAUUGGUCCCAUUGCUGGGCAGAUAAAGCAUACUGUUACAGAAGAAGGAGGGCAUGCCAAAUAUGUAUGCAGGAUUGAAAACUAUGAUCAGUCCACACAAGUCACAUGGUACUUCGGUAUGAGGCAAUUAGAAAGCAAUGAGAAAUAUGAAAUCAAAUACGAAGAAGGUGUGGCAACCAUGUACGUCAAAGAUGUUUCUAAAUCUGACGAUGGUACCUACAGAUGCAAGGUAGCAAAUGACUACGGUGAAGACAGCUCUUAUGCAGAACUUUUUGUUAAAGGUGUGAGAGAAAUUUCUGAGCACUACAGAUGCAGGACUGUUAGGAAAGUGAAACGACGGGUUGAUACUAUGAGACUAUUAGAGCGUCCACCAGAAUUUACUCUGCCUUUGUAUAAUCGCACUGCAUACGUUGGAGAAAAUGUCAGGUUUGGAGUAACUAUAACAGUUCACCCAGAACCUCGCUUAACAUGGUUCAAAUCAGGCCAGAAAAUCAAACCUGGUGAUGAUGAUAAGAAGUAUACUUUUGAAUCAGACAAGGGUCUUUACCAGCUCGUCAUCAAUAACGUCACUGAAGAGGAUGAUGCUGAAUACAGUAUUGUGGCACGCAAUAAAUAUGGCGAAGACAGCUGCAAAGCUAAACUGACUGUGAUUCCCCAUCCACCUCCAGCAGAUGCCACACUAAGGCCAAUGUUUAAAAGACUGCUGGCAAAUGCCGAAUGUCAAGAAGGCCAAAACGUCAGUUUUGAGAUCAGGGUAUCUGGCGUACCAAAACCAACUCUGAAGUGGGAGAAAGAUGGUCAACCUCUAUCCUUUGGUCCUAACUUUGAUAUAAUCCAUGAAGGUUUAGAUUAUUAUGCUUUGCAUAUCAGAGAUACUUUACCAGAAGACAGUGGUUAUUACAGAGUUACUGCUACAAACAGUGCUGGAUCUACAAGCUGUCAGGCUUAUCUAAAAGUUGAGCGCUUGAAGUAUGUCAAGCGUGAGUACAAGACUGAAGAAGAGCGGGAGAAGCAUGUACAGAGGCAAAUUGACAAGACCUUACGAAUGGCAGAAAUCCUUUCCGGGGUUGAAGCUGUUCCACUAACACAAACCGCACAAGAGGCUCUCAGAGAAGCUGCCAUCUUAUACAAACCAGCUGUUAGCACUAAGACUGUCAAAGGUGAAUAUGAAAUUAAGAAAGAAGAAAAGAAGGAAGAAAGACGACUUCGUAUGCCAUAUGAAGUCCCAGAGCCUCGCAAACAUGUGCGUACUACUCUUGAGGAAGAUCAGAACAUUAAACACUUUGUGCCUCUGUCAGACAUGAAGUGGUACAAGAGGCUGCGAGACCAGUACGAAAUGCCAGGAAAACUUGAGAGAACUGUUCAGAAACGCCAGAAACGCAUACGUCUUUCCAGGUGGGAGCAAUUCUACGUGAUGCCACUGCCACGCAUUUCUGAUCAGUAUAAGCCUAAAUGGCGCAUACCAAAACUAACACAAGAUGACCUUGAAACUGUGAGACCAGCACGUCGGCGUACCCCAUCUCCAGACUACGAAUAUUACUAUAGACCAAGAAGACGAUCACUUGGUGACUUGUCUGAUGAGGAAUUACUCCUGCCUAUUGAUGACUAUUUAGCCAUGAAGAGAACUGAAGAGGAAAGACUGCGCCUUGAAGAAGAGCUGGAAUUAGGCUUUUCUGCUUCCCCACCAAGCAGAAGCCCCCCACGCUUUGAACUGUCUGCCCUUCGGUAUUCUACUGCAGGAGCACAGGUCAGUUCAGCAGAAGAAAGAAAAAGGGAGCUGAGGUAUUCAAGCUAUCACAUCCCAGUUAAAGCUGAGACCAGCGCAAGCUAUGCAGAGCUUCGUCAACGCCAUGACAGGGCUGCCUACAGACCACCUAAACAAAAGCAAAGAAUAAUGGAUGAAAGAGAGGAUGAAGAAUUGCUCCGUCCUGUUGGCACUGCUCAACGACUCUCUGAAUACAGGAGUGAGCUUGAAUAUAUGGCAGAAGAGGAAAAGAGUAGGCUCAGGAGAAGAAGAGAAAGAGAAAUAACUGAGAUCACAUCAGAGGAAGAAGAAGAAAUAGAAAUGGUGCAACACGUUCACAGGGAAUUUUCACCUCCCUCGAGGUUACUAAGGAGAAGAAGAUCUCUUUCUCCAACUUACAUUGAGUUGAUGCGUCCUGUAUCUGAAUUAAUUCGACCUCGCUCACGGCCUCCUGAAGAAAGUGAGAGAAGAUCCCCAACACCAGAGAGAACACGACCACGCUCACCUAGCCCAGUUUCUAGUGAAAGAUCGCUCUCUCGAUUUGAGAGGAUGGCAAGAUUUGAUAUAUUUUCUAGAUAUGAGUCCAUGAAAUCUGCUUUGAAAACUCAGAAAACAAUGGAAAGGAAAUAUGAAGUUCUCACUCAGCAGCCUUUCACCCUUGAUCAUGCUCCUCGCAUUACCCUGAGAAUGCGCUCACAUCGGGUACCAUGUGGCCAUAAUACCAGGUUCAUUCUAAAUGUCCAGUCAAAACCAACUGCUGAAGUGAAAUGGUACCAUAAUGGUAUUGAGCUCCAAGAGAGCAGUAAGAUACAUUUUACUAAUACCAGCGGUGUAUUAACUCUGGAGAUUCUCGACUGCCACAUUGAUGACAGUGGAACGUACCGAGCUGUAUGCACAAACUACAAAGGGGAAUGCUCUGAUUACGCAACACUAGAUGUUACUGGAGGAGAUUACACUACAUACUCUUCCCAGAGGAGAGAUGAAGAAGUACCAAGGUCAAUUUUACCUGACUUGAUGAAGACAGAGGCAUAUGCAGUCUCCUCAUUUAAGAAAGCAUCUGCUACAGAAGCAAGUUCCUCUGUAAGAGAGGUCAAAUCAGAAAUGUCAGCAACAAGAGAAUCACUUUUAUCAUACGAACACUAUGCUGCUUCUGAAGAAAAAAUCACUGCAGCUGAAGAAAAAUCAUUGGAAGAAAGGACUGUACACAAGGCAUUUAAAAGCACUCUACCAGCAACAAUCCUUACAAAACCACGGUCAAUCACAGUUUCGGAAGGGGAGACUGCAAGAUUUUCCUGUGAUGUUGAUGGUGAACCAGCACCAACAAUAACAUGGUUCCGUGCAGGUCAACCCGUUGUUUCUUCGAGGCGCUUCCAAGUAACACGAACACAGUACAAGUCUACCUUUGAAAUUUCUUCAGUCCAGAUGUCAGAUGAAGGAAGUUACACGGUUGUGGUGGAAAACUCUGAAGGAAGACAGGAAGCGCAUUUUACUUUGACCAUUCAAAGAACAAAAAUUCCUGAAAAAACAAUUACAUCACCUCCAAAAAUCAAAUCUCCUGAGCCUCGUGUAAAGUCUCCAGAGCCAGUUAAGUCUCCUAAACGAGUGAAAUCUCCUGAACCCAUCAGCAGCCCCCCAAAAGCAAAGUCACCACCUGGAGACAAAACAGUACCAACAGAGAAAGUACAAUUACCAGCUGCCUCUCCACCAAAGAUAAAACAGCAUCUGAAAGCAGAAACACUUGGAGAUAAGGUGAAGUUAUCCUGUGCAGUUGAAAGCAGUGUUCUAAGUGUCAGAGAAGUGGCGUGGUAUAAGGAUGGCAAAAAACUGAAAGAAGACCAUCAUUUCAAGUUUCAUUAUGCAGCAGAUGGCACCUAUGAGCUCAAAAUCCAUGACCUCAUGGAAUCUGAUAAAGGAGAAUACACGUGUGAAAUUAUUGGGGAAGGAGGUGUUUCAAAAACUGACUUCCGGUUUACUGGUCAAGUAUUUAAAAAUAUCCAUUCCCAGGUAAGAGGUGUAUCUGAAACUCAUAAAUCAGUUCAGAAAGAAGAUGAGGUGCUUACAGUUUCUACCCAGAAGAAAUCAGCAGUGGCAGCUGAAGAAAAAGCAGCAGUUCAAGAAGUCAUUAAGAAAUCAGUUGUUACUGAAGAUGUCAAACAAUUGAAAGCAGAAAUUAAAGCUUCUUCAACUAAAAUGACAGUGUCCGAAGGGCAGAAAGUGACAUUGAAAGCCAACAUUCCUGCCGCCUCUGAAGUAAAAUGGGUGCUUAAUGGAAUGGAGCUGAGAAAUUCAGAUGAUUAUAGAUACGGCGUUUCUGGAAGCGAUCACACACUAACUAUCAGAAAGGCUAGUAAUAAAGAUGAAGGUAUACUCACUUGUGAGGGGAGAACUGACGAAGGCAUUAUUAAAUGCCAGUAUGUCCUGAACUUUUCUAAAGAGCUCUCCAACGAACCAGCAUUUAUCAUGCAGCCUAAGUCUCAGAAUGUGAAUGAAGGACAAGAUGUAUUGUUCACCUGUGAAGUUUCUGGGGAUCCUUCUCCUGAAAUUGAGUGGUUUAAGAAUAAUCAACCUAUUGCUAUUUCAUCGCACAUCAGAGUAACACGCUCUAAAAAUAUAUAUUCUCUUGAGAUUCGAAAUGCAGCAGUAAGUGACACUGGAAAAUACACAGUAAAAGCAAAAAAUUACCAUGGGCAGUGCUCUGCUACAGCAUCUUUGACUGUACUCCCUCUAAUUGAAGAACCUCCAAAAGAGGUAGUAUUGAAGACAAGUGGCGACGCAAGCAUGCACGAAAGUUUUUCUUCUCAGUCCUUUCAAAUGGCUUCUUCUAAACAAGAGGCUUCAUUCAGCAGUUUCAGCAGUAGCAGCAUGACCGAAAUGAAAUUUGCAAGCAUGUCUGCCAAAAGCAUGUCCUCCAUGAAAGAAUCCUUUGUAGAGAUGAGCUCCAGCAGUAUUAUGGGGAAGUCUAGUAUGGCUCAACUGGAGAGUUCAACUAGUAAAAUGCUUAAAUCGGGUCUGAGAGGAGUACCACCCAAAAUUGAAGCUCUCCCAUCUGAUAUCAGCAUUGACGAAGGAAAAGUUCUCACACUGUCUUGUGCCUUUUCGGGUGAACCUGCUCCUGAAAUAACAUGGUACUGCAGAGGGAGAAAAAUUACCAGUCAGGACCAGCAGGGUAGAUUCCACAUUGAAACCAGCGAAGAUCUAACCACCCUGAUCAUCAUGGAUGUCCAGAAGAAUGACGGUGGACUAUAUACCCUGAAUUUAGGAAAUGAAUUUGGUACCGAUUCUGCCACUGUGAAUAUUAGUAUUCGAUCAAUUUAGAGAGCUUGAUCUGUAUUAUUUACACUUGUCUUUUUACAAGUGAUUCAUAUAUGGACUGAAAUAUCUGAUCUGUAAAUAUAAAAAAAAUAUUUUUGUACCUACCUGAAUGAGACAAAGUCCAGAGCUAUACAAUGUGACUUAUAGUCAUUAUUGACCUAAGAAUUUUAAACACUUUUUUCACUGACAUGUACAUACUGUAUAUAGCCGAAGUUAACGGUUAUGAAGUUUUGUACCAUUUAUUUUAUGACAUUUUGAAACGUAACUUUUGGAACUAAGCGUUGGUAGGAGAAAGUUUCCUAGCAAACGACUACCCUGCUCAACAUUUAACUAAUUUUUGCGCCUCAACUCAUUGUUGAUGUCUAAGAAUGCCUCAACAGGUAGAGAGGCUCCCUGUUGAAGAUUACCUAUACCUAAGAGAUGAUACUGUGCAUAGUAUUUCAUACAUGCACGAAUAUUUAUGUUGAAUCAGAAAUGUAAGGCAUUGGUGAUGUUUGCAAUUACCCUCCUGUAAGCAUUGCUUUAAUGUUUUACAUUGGAUCCGAUUAUGUCAUAAUUUCCAUACCUGACUGACAAUUCUUGGACAAAGUGCAAGCGGCCAGCACUUUGUUCACCCACUAUCUAUGUACUGUUUCUGACAUACUGACUGCCUGAAUAGCUUUAAAAAAGUAACAUCACCUGGCCAUCCCCUUAAUCAACAAAGCUAUUUAGGCACUCAAGUGCAGCAGCAGUACCCCUUCUCGGAGGUUUGUAGGAUGCAGUGACUGAGUUUGUGUGGUAGAUUUAGACAUCCAGUAGUCACUUCUGGGCAACUAAGCAACGAACCACAGUUUAAAAACCAAACUGUUGUUACAACAUCAAAUACCGCCCUGCACUUCAAUUUGCUUUAGUUCUCCUAAUGUAGUAAUUUAGCUGUUGAACCUCCUUGAGAUAGAAUUGUUCAUUUGAAAUAAAGCAUGCUUUCUGCACCAUAAAA